AUGCUCCACUCCGACACCAUCAGACCAAACCCAACAAACACCUACGGCAAGAAACCUCUAUCGGCCGACGACGAGGUCGGCCAAAUUACAUCCCUAAACUCCAAGGGAUUUCUGCACCGACAACGACUGAACUGUUUCUAUACCAACGCUCAGGGUUUUUUCAGUAAGUUUCCAGAAGUGGAACUACGUUGUCGGACCGGUCGAUGGGAUCUCAUUGCCCUAAUCGAAACCUGGUUGACGGCCGACAUUUUGGACUCUGAGCUGCGAUUACCAGGCAUGGAGCUAUUGAGGCGUGAUCGUCCAACGCGAGGUGGGGGCGUGUUGCUCUACUAUCAUAACAGCUUGCAAUGCGAACAAAUUGAGUGCCCGUUCGCUGCUUUAGAUACGUUUUGGUGUAAACUGAAGCUAACACAACAUGAUAUCGGACUGAUCGGUGCAAGUUAUCGCCCUCCGUCGUCAGCAGAUUCAUCGAAUGAGACUUUGUCGUAA